UAGCCCAAAGUUGUUUGGACCUCAGCCUAACUAAAAAGCCUUGCGGCUUCAUCCAUGCUCUCGAAUUCAAUUCAACGCCAAUUUCCUCUCUGGACGUAUCAAGUAGACAAGCAACUGCAAUUGGUGUAACUUUUCAUGAGUAAUUUCGAGGAGUUUGGAUGAGCUGAGAGUUAUAUUUUCACCUAGAUCUCUCAUUGAACUCUUUGCAAAAUAAAAGAAAAUGUUUAUGGCUGCUUGACCUGAGAGAUCAUUUUCUUGGUCACUAUGAUUGGGGUUAGGCAAACAUCACUUCUAUUCCGAAGAUGGGCACAUUCAUUGUCCCAGGAUGGUCCUACAGAAACCUUGAAGAUGAAGGUUGCUGAAUUGGAGAAGAUGAGGAAAAGGAUGAAAUCUAAAAAAAAUCAGUUGUUUGUGGAGGUUCCAGAGUCGAUAUCAUUCCUUGACACGGCCACACUGCCAAUGGUCCUUGCUGUUGCUGGAAUUGCUCUAUUUGCAAAGCUCCUCAUGAUGCAUGAUGAGUCAAAAUCCCAGGAAAUGAUUGAACGAAAAAUAAAAAAUGCUCCUCCUGGUCAAGGCACAGUCAGGAUGCUCACUCAUGAGGAGUGGGAGGAAUUUCGAGAAGUGAGACCAAGGACUCCUUUUGAAUCCAAGCUUGCACGUCCUAGUGCACGAAUAAGAACAGGAGAAACAGUACGAAUGGAGGACUUGAAGAAUUGGACAAUUGAUGUUUUAACAGAUGGACUUACACGCGCUGAAGAGAGUGUUAAAUCUGAUUCAAAGUGAUUUCAGUCUUGGUAUGAAUGCAGGGUAGAAGAAAAUCUUAAAUGACUUUGCCGCUUGAAGUUGAUACAGAAAGAGUGGUCAGAAAAUACAUCUGUAGCAUCUUGAAUCUCCCUUGAUUUAAAUAAGAUCAAUUGGUUUAUUGUCGCAUUAACAAUGUAAUUUUGUACAUUCCAUGCGAGUACUGUUGCACAAGCAGAUAAACUCGUGUAGACCCAUUUCUUUGUAUUCACCACAGACCGCACCUAAUUCUUGUCUUGCUGUUGCCAAGCCAACGAUCCAUUUCUUCA